CUCAGCAACAGAUAUGUAACUUACCGCUUCAAAAUUACGAUAUUUUCAGAAUUUCCCACUCUCAAUGAUCUCUAUAACCAGGAGCCUCCUGAACUGUACCAGUAGGAUACAAAUAUGUUUUACACAUGUCAGCAGUAACCCAACCUCAAUAGGACUGACAUCUGUCCAGCAACCGUGGUCAAUUCCUCAUCGCUGUCUGACUCUUCCUCCAGAGAGGCAAUGUAAUAUAAAGAAACGUGGAAAGUUUAGACCAACUUUCUGGAAACGUCUACACCAGAAUGGUUUAGAGACUGCACUAGCGUCACCAGCAGGACGCAGAAGACUUUUCAACAGAUUGCUGAAAGGAAAACAUAACCUGACAGGGCACGACUCUUUCUUAGCUGUCAAACCUAAAUAUGCAAAAACAAAGAAAGAACUAAGACAUGAAGUAUCAAUACCUAAGCCACUCCGAAGCCGUCAUAAUGCUUGAAAGAUUUCAUUCAAAGGAUGUGAUGAUGCAUGUAGAGUGCUUGUAAAAUGUGCUAAUAAAAGAAAUGUGUGAUUGUACGU